UGAUGCUAGUAAUGCCAUUCCGUGGCCUAGUAUGAAAUAAAGCGAUGCUUAUUUAGACGGGAGAUAGCGGGGGAGGAUUAAAGCCAACAGCGCCGGUUUGUGCGGUUUUUUAAUAACGUUAGGAAAGUCGCCUUCAGCACGCUUUAAGUGGCCAAGCCCUGGAGGAAAUGUGGGCGAUUAAUUCGCCUGUGGACCCCCUAUAAUUUGCCGGAUCAUGCGGAAUUGUUUUGGUACUACAGUCGCGUUAGCUGUGAAUAAAUAUUCACCGAUUAGCUGCGCUGCGAGCUAGGCAUCCAGCCACCACAAGUCGUCGUGUUUCGAGGAUAUUCGGUUGCGGUUCGGCAUCCAAGAUUCGUGGCUGAUUUGCCGAUAUUGGUGUAACUGUACCCGGUUUACUGGAGACGGGAUAUUAACUGAACUGGGAUGGACAAUGCCCAUACCAAGACGGUCGAGGAGGUGUUGGGGUAUUUUGGGGUGAACGAGUCCACAGGCUUGAGCAGUGAGCAGUUGAGGAAAAGCAGAGAGCGAUGGGGACCCAACGAAUUACCAGCAGAAGAAGGGAAGUCACUAUGGGAACUGGUGCUGGAGCAGUUUGAGGAUCUACUUGUGCGGAUUCUCCUUCUUGCAGCCUGUAUUUCCUUUACCUUGGCCUGGUUUGAGGAGGGUGAGGGCACCAUCACAGCCUUCGUUGAGCCUUUUGUCAUUCUCCUCAUCCUUAUUGCCAAUGCCAUUGUGGGGGUGUGGCAGGAGCGAAAUGCAGAAAAUGCCAUUGAAGCACUGAAAGAAUAUGAGCCAGAGAUGGGGAAGGUGUACAGACAGGACAGGAAGAGUGUACAGAGAGUCCGAGCAAGAGAUAUUGUGCCUGGAGAUAUAGUGGAGGUGGCAGUGGGCGAUAAGGUUCCAGCAGACAUCAGGCUGACCUCCAUUCGCUCCACCACUCUGAGAGUAGACCAGUCCAUUUUGACGGGUGAGUCUGUCUCUGUGCUCAAACACACGGACCCCGUACCUGACCCACGGGCGGUCAACCAGGACAAGAAGAACAUGCUCUUUUCCGGCACGAACAUUGCUGCUGGGAGAGCAAUAGGUGUUGUAGUAGCCACUGGUGUGCAGACAGAAAUUGGUAAAAUCAGGGACGAGAUGGCAGCCACGGACCCAGAAAGAACUCCCUUACAGCAAAAACUAGACCAGUUUGGGGAGCAACUCUCAAAGGUGAUCACAGUAAUCUGUGUGGCAGUAUGGGGCAUUAACAUUGGCCACUUUAGUGACCCUGUGCACGGAGGCAGUUGGCUGAGAGGAGCUGUGUACUACUUUAAGAUCGCUGUGGCUCUAGCUGUAGCCGCCAUCCCCGAGGGUCUUCCUGCUGUCAUUACCACUUGCCUGGCUUUGGGCACGCGGCGCAUGGCAAGAAAAAAUGCCAUCGUCCGCUCCCUGCCUUCCGUGGAGACGCUGGGCUGCACCUCUGUCAUCUGCUCUGAUAAGACAGGCACACUGACCACCAACCAGAUGUCUGUCUGCAGGAUGUUUGUUGUGGAUCUCAUUGCGGGCGAGAGGUGUGUUCUGAAUGAAUUUUCAGUGACUGGAUCUACUUAUGCGCCUGAAGGGGAAGUGUACAAGGAUGGUGCAGUGGUGCGUUGUAGUCAGUAUGACGCUCUGGUAGAAAUGGCCACCAUCUGUGCUCUGUGUAACGACUCUUCUCUGGAUUACAAUGAGAGUAAAGGUGUGUAUGAGAAGGUGGGAGAGGCUACAGAAACCGCUCUGUGCUGUCUGGUGGAGAAGAUGAAUGUGUUUGACACAGACCUGAGGACUCUCACCCCUAUAGAGAGAGCCACCGCUUGCUGCUCAGUGAUAAAACAACUAAUGAGGAAGGAGCUGACUCUCGAGUUUUCUCGAGACAGGAAGUCCAUGUCUGUUUUCUGCUCGCCUAACAAACUCACCCGAUCAGCCACAGGAGCCAAGAUGUUUGUUAAGGGGGCGCCAGAGAGCGUGCUGGAACGUUGCCGUUGGAUUCGGGUGGGGGGUGGCGCUCGAUUGCCCUUGACCUCCGACCUCAGGGAGCAGCUGUUAGGCACAGUGAGAGAGUGGGGCUCAGGUCGGGACACCCUGCGCUGCCUUGCCAUGGCUACCAGAGACUCACCCCCUGACCCCCGAAUGCUGAACCUAGAAAACUCCUCAGCGUUCACAGAGUAUGAGUCUGACCUGACAUUUGUGGGCUGUGUGGGAAUGCUGGACCCUCCCAGGAAAGAAGUACUAAACGCAGUGCGUAUGUGCAGACAGGCUGGUAUACGUGUCAUCAUGAUUACAGGUGAUAAUAAAGGCACAGCAUUGUCGAUCUGUCGGCGUGUUGGCAUCAUCACAGAGCAGGAGGAAGAGGAGGCUGAGGGUGCUCCCUUUGGUGGCGGACUGACCGGACGGGAGUUUGAUGAGCUGCCCCCACACCUGCAGCGGCAAGCCUGCCGAACUGCCCGCUGUUUCGCUCGUGUUGAACCCACGCACAAGAGCCGCAUUGUAGAAUAUCUUCAGAGCCUCAGCGAUAUUACAGCUAUGACGGGCGAUGGGGUGAAUGAUGCCCCAGCUCUGAAGAAGGCUGAAAUUGGUAUAGCAAUGGGCUCAGGUACAGCAGUGGCUAAAUCGGCUUCGGAGAUGAUCCUGGCAGAUGAUAACUUCUCCACCAUAGUGGCUGCAGUGGAAGAGGGCAGAGCCAUUUACAACAACAUGAAGCAGUUCAUCCGCUACCUCAUCUCCUCCAACAUUGGAGAGGUGGUGUGCAUUUUCCUGACUGCUGCUCUGGGCAUGCCCGAGGCUCUUAUCCCUGUCCAGUUGCUUUGGGUGAAUCUGGUGACGGAUGGUUUCCCAGCCACUGCUCUUGGAUUCAACCCGCCGGACCUGGACAUAAUGUCACGCCCCCCACGCUCCCCCAAGGAACCCCUCAUCUCUGGAUGGCUUUUUUGCAGAUACCUCAUUAUUGGCUGUUAUGUGGGAGUGGCCACAGUGGGUGCUGCUGCUUGGUGGUUCAUGGCAGCACAUGAUGGACCUAAACUCUCCUUCUAUCAACUGUCUCAUUAUCUCCAGUGCAGUGAGGGACAUGCUGACUUUGCAGGAGUUCAGUGUUCUGUAUUUGAGUCUCCCUAUCCAAUGACUAUGGCCCUAUCAGUGCUGGUCACCAUCGAGAUGUGCAAUGCUCUCAACAGCCUCUCGGAGAACCAGUCUCUUCUGAAGAUGCCUCCCUGGUCCAACCCAUGGCUGGUGGGAGCUAUCUGUCUCUCCAUGGCUCUACAUUUCCUUAUCCUAUAUGUCGACCCACUGCCUGUGAUAUUCCAGAUCCGACCGUUGUCCUGGCCACAGUGGGUGACUGUCCUGAAGAUGUCCCUGCCGGUCAUCCUGAUGGACGAAGCGCUCAAAUUCUUGGCCAGGAACUACAUUGAGCCAGGAAGCGAUUUGGAGCAGGAGGAGGAAGACAGGUUGCAUCGUCUCCACGGUGAUGGCGGGGGAUUCGGGGGUUUGCUUGGGAAGACACGUCGGGCCCUGAAGGGGGUGUCUUGGGCAUUUGUGUUAAUCUCUGCUCCCCUGUUAGCUUGGAUCUACAGCCUGGACUCAGAUAUCACCAACAUCUUCUGGGAGUAGAGAACAAGAAAGGGAAUGAGUGCGUGAGAGUGAGUGAGAGCAUGAGAGAAAGAGAGAGAGAUAACCAUCAUUUUUGCUUGGUGAGAGUUGCUGUUUGAGCGAGGAGCGCAACCACCUUUUCGGCGCUGAGGGAAAGAGCAAAGAAUGCAAAAAGAACAUAAAAGAAAUAAACAAGCAAAAAAGGGAAAACGAAAGGGAAGAAGAAAUGAACCUGGACAAUCAGGGAUGAUUAGAGCAGACAGGGAAAAAAAAGAGAGGAAAGGCAACUGUCAAAUUCUGUCUUCAUUUUUGUGGAAUUUUGAGUGUUUCUUUUGCUUUUGCUCUUCAGCUUCAGCACCAUGUCCUUUUCAGAGCUGUCAGAAGUUCAGAAGUGUUCUCAUGCCUGCUUUUGGACGUUUGCUGAAGUUGGGAACAUGGCAUUUAAAUGUCCUUUCCUAGGUUAACAGUUGUGCGUACAGUACGAUCGAAAUGGUUACACUCAUAGGCAAUACAGCACAUUCGUGGACAGCUUGUCAGUAAACAUUAAAAAGUACUGUCUUAUGUUACUUUUUGUUUUAUGAUUGUUUUUAAUAGUUUGCCUGCAUUUUAAGGGAUGUUACGGAAUUUGGCACCAUUAAUAUCUGGUGCAAGUCAGAGAGUAAUGGUCAGAGGCAUCCGUAUAAGGAAUAGCAGAAAGAGAGUAUCAAUACUUGAUCAUAUUCUCUCAGUGGUAAAGAUGACGUAAAUGGCGCAGAGUUUUCCAAGUAGUCUCAUUCAGCUGGAUGUAACGGUUGUUUUAUUCCACUGUUAACAUUGUCAGCAGUCUUAAAUAGCAGUUUUUUUCAAGGUAGAUUUAUUUUUUGGUGCUUUGUAUUCCAUCAGUUUCUGCAGAUCAGGAGAAAGUCCAUUUGUAAGCCUCACACUACAAACUUUCAUUCAUGUCACAACAUUCCACAACUGUCUUUCAGUUUGUCUAAUUUCACAUGCCCUUUAUCAUAUUUUCAGACAGACAGCACAGAUUAAUUUCUCUUAAUCACUGUUCCACAGGUAUACUUACCUACAGACAUACAAACGUAACUGCUUCCUGCAUUCGUAAUUCGGCUGAUGGAUGAUUCCUCACUGCAGUGGAUGGAAUGACAACGCAUCUUUUCAAAGGUCACAGCUGAGUUUCCCAAAAACACUAUUACACAAAGUCUGUGACCUCUGUUAUGAUCAUCAUAGGCAUUUACUUAAAGGGUGGCGGUAACUCUCCCGUGAUCGUCAUAGCCAGUCUCUCAUGGUGGCAGAUCAUUUUUGGGAAAAAAAAAUCAUCAAAGUAAUUUUUGGAAAACCAAGCCCAGCCUGGUCAGGCAUGUUGCUGCUCGAGAGCUGGUCCGCUCGCCCAGCAGCUAAAGCACCGCCGUGCAUUUUGUUCUCUUGCUCGUUUUUGUCUUUUAUUACUUAUGAAAGAGCUGUUUACUGUCUUCAACUUGCACAACUUUUGAGUCAUUUUCUUUAGUAGUAUUGCAUCACAUUACUGUUAUUGUAUUUAUUCAUGUUGUUCUUAUCAUUGUGACGGCUUUUAGUUCUCCAGUUGUGCCCCCAGGUAGUUGUUUUGUCUGUAACGUAGAGUCAUUUGUCCCUUCUUUUUACACUAGAAGGAUUUGCAGAAUGGAAAAGUAAAAGGAAGCCUGCAGCGAGAAAUUCUAGAACACGUAUAAAGCACCAAGAAAGGGAAACGGAGAGCAUACUGUCUUUCCCUCUCUUCUCCUUUUUUGCAGUCAUCCUUUUCAUCCCCAAUGUUACAAUUUGUUGUGUGUUCAUGUGUUCUAUUUUUCAUUGGAAACCAGUGUGCAAAAAUAGUAAAAUAUGUAAGAAAACACGAUAAAUCGAAGAAAGAAACUCAUAAUUUUCAUAUACAUUUCACAUUUUAUUUUUGAUUUUUUUUUGUUUGUUUGUUUUUACGAAGGAAGUGACUUUUGUAGUUUUUUCUUAUUGAUGUAAUUUAUACCAUAUGUCACUUUACUGCUGUUUCAUUGAUGGAGAAACGUGAAAAAUGCUUCAUGGAAUGGAAAUAAACAGUUACAGUUCACUUAAAA